AAGCGGCGGAAGCUGCGCAAAGGCACUCACAGCUGCUGGGCUUGCAAGCGGCGGAAGGAGAAGUGCGUCCCAUGCGCAGACAAUUCAACCAUCUGUCUUGGCUGUAGGAAGCGUAGCACUCCCUGCCUCGCCCAAGACCAGCCUGAGGAGCCUACCCAUCACUUCUUGCCCGCCAUCGCCACCGCCAUCGCUGCGAACCCAAGGACAGACGCCACAGCUCCUCCUCCUGAGCCAGCGGCGACGCAUAUACGACCCUCAUACAGUCACCUGUCUGGUCGCACUCCGCCCAUGGCAGAAAUAUCAAAAACCCUCCAUGCUGCACUACCUUCGCCAGAAGAAUGCGACAUCAUCUAUCGAGCAAGCAGUCGACACUCGGCUAUGCUCAAUGGCUCGACGCUUACUAUGCCCUACACUUGGCUGGAUCCCAACGAUCCCAACCGCCCCACAUCGCCCGGCUCCUUGCCCGCACCAGCUAGCGUAGAUUCCCAUCCAGUGCUCCUAGCCAGGCAUAUACUGAACAUAGUCACGCUUCUUCAAGAUCUGCACCCGAAUAUACACCAUGAACUAGCUGGUCUUCAUGAGCCUCCGAGAGCAAUGGCAGAGCGUCUCGCAGAACUUGCCAUUCGCCUCGUCACCUCCCAGGACCGAAUGCUGGCCAGCGUGGAGGGGUUAGAGUGCGUUGUAAUGGAGAGCAUCUACUAUGGAAACUGUGGCAGUCUGCGCCUUAGUUGGAUGGCCUGUCGCCGAGCAAUGCUCCUCGCGCAGCUCCUCGGCCUGCAUGUGCAUGCGCCGGCUACCCCCAAGCAAUAUCGAGUCUUGGAUCGCGCAACCCGCUGCGAUCCGCAGUACAUGUGGUUCCGCAUCGUCCAUUACGAUCGCUAUAUGUGUCUUCUCCUUGGUCUACCUCAGGGCUCUACGGAUGUCAGCAUGGCUAGCGAAGCACUACUCGCCACUGAUACCGCCAUGGGCGGCCUCGAAAGAGUGCAGUGCGUCAUUGCUUCACGCAUACUGCAGCGCAACGAAUCCGAUCCGACAAGCGUCGACUUCAGUGUAACCCAAAGUCUAGAUAAAGAACUGCAGCGUGCUGCUCAAACCCUCCCCAGCAAAUGGUGGCUUGUCCCGGACCUUGGAAACCCAGUGCAGACCAAACAGGAAGUCUGCUGGGACGUGCAGCGGCUGUAUGUGCAGAUUUUCCACUUCAAUCUCCUCAAUCAGCUUCACGUUCCCUACAUGUUGCUAUCCUCUACUGAUCGGCGGUUCACAUACUCCAAGUUUGCCUGCGUCAAUUCUUCUCGGGAGAUUCUUUCUCGCUUUGCUGUGUUACGCAGAUCGAACCAAGUCGCCUACAACUGCCGCACAGUUGACUACCUGGCCGUUAUGGCUGCAGUGACGCUGCUUCUGGCCCACCUCGACAGCUAUCGCCACCCUUCGCAGGCCGACAUCAUGACGCACCUGUACCUAGGCGACCGGGCCAUGAUAGAGCAGGCACAGGAGAAUUUACAGGAGGUCAGUCGACUCAACGAAGAUUCGCUCAGUCGGCAAAGCGCAGAACUCCUGCGGCGACUACUCGCUAUCGAAGCAGAAGCCGCUGAUGGCUACGAUGCCCCGGCGCAUAAUGUUGUGGUGCAGCAAGUUGCGCACAACGCACCUCUCGUGGAGAAGGCCGAAGAAGACACUUCGCAGAUGCACAUUCCUUACUUUGGUCUGAUCAAAUUCGCACUAGAGGGCAUAGCCGCUCGGGCA